CUGAACACGUGUUCUCUUUUUCUCCCUCCAAGCCUCCACCUAUCGCUGCAGACAAUCCCGACCGCCGGUAAUUAAGACGAAUGCGCGCCGCUGCUUCUCCGCAGAUGAUGACCGGAGCGCCUGGGCUUCUGCACACAGGGAGCAAACUGCGGGACAUGGCACUGACACCGUUCCCGCAUUGCAUCACGGACACGACACCCGGUACCCCGCUGUUUCCCUCCCACUUCAUCUGGAGCCGAUGAGGAGACAGUAGCAUCCUAGAGUUUCUUUGACUCCUGCAGCUGCUGCAGUCGCUCCCGGUCUCCCCGGUAAUCACGGAUUGCGCACCAGCAACAGGCCAGUCACUGGGAUCUUCUGAGAUUUUCCUCUCCGGUUAAAUGAAGUGUCCUCUCCGGGAGUCUUCCGCAGCCUGAUCACCUCAUCACAGUCCAAGGAGUGCGAGGCAACCUGUAGCUGCGUGCCCCUUUAUGUCAGGCAUCGUCCCGCUGAGGCGCAAUGAAGGGACACAGCUGACGGUUUGGAAUCUGCAGCCCGAGGAAGAGAGAGGAGACAAAAGAUCAGGAAAGUAACCCCGGGGAAAACCAUGUAUGGGCGGUACACCCAGGAGCUGGGUGUGUAUGCCAAGGAGGAAGCGGCCCGCCUGCGGGAUGGAGGAGGAGUGCGGGAUGGAAAAGGCCUGCGGAGGAACACCAGUGUUCGCAGUCGUGCUGCAGAUCUGCUGGAUUAUGAGAAAGACCCCUGUGCUAAGUGCAAGUUGUGUGCGUCUCGCUGCCAGAAGUUCCUGAUCUCACGGGUGGGGGAGGACUGGAUCUUCCUCAUUCUGCUGGGGCUGCUCAUGGCUCUGGUCAGCUGGGUCAUGGACUACGCCAUCGCCUUCUGCCAAGAAGCACAGAAAUGGAUGUAUGGUGGACUGGACAGCAACAUGCUUCUGCAAUACAUCGCCUGGGUCUCCUACCCUGUAGUGCUCAUCACCUUCUCAGCUGGGUUCACACAGAUCCUGGCGCCUCAGGCUGUGGGUUCAGGCAUUCCUGAGAUGAAGACGAUACUGAGGGGGGUGGUCCUGAAGGAGUAUCUGACCUUUAAGACGUUUGUGGCCAAAGUCAUCGGCCUGACCUGCGCCCUGGGCAGCGGGAUGCCACUGGGGAAGGAGGGACCCUUCGUCCACGUCGCCAGCCUGUGCGCAGCUCUCCUCAGCAAAUUCAUGGCCGCCCUUUUCGGAGGGAUUUACAUGUUUAAAAUGGAUGAGCCCUUUGAGGGAAGCAAGAACGAGUUGAGGAACACAGAGAUGCUCUCGGCUGCCUGUGCAGUGGGGGUGGGCUGCUGCUUCGCUGCCCCUAUUGGAGGGGUGCUGUUCAGUAUUGAGGUUACAUCAACGUUUUUCGCCGUGAGGAACUACUGGAGGGGCUUCUUCGCUGCCACCUUCAGUGCCUUCAUAUUCAGAGUGCUGGCCGUGUGGAAUCAGGAGGAAGAGACCAUCACUGCUCUCUUUAAGACCCGCUUCCGUCUGGACUUCCCGUUCGACCUUCAGGAGCUGCCAGCAUUCGCCAUCCUCGGGAUUGCCUGUGGUUUUGGAGGUGCUCUGUUCGUCUACCUGAACCGGCUGAUUGUAGAGUGCAUGAGGAAACAGAAGACCAUUAACAAGUUCUUGCUGAGGAAGCGUCUGGUGUAUCCCGCACUCGUCACCCUGCUCAUCUCCACGCUCACGUUCCCUCCAGGCUUCGGGCAGUUCAUGGCUGGACAGCUGACGCAGCACGAGUCUCUGGUGGCGCUGUUCGACAACCGCACGUGGUGCCGCCAGGGUGUGGCCGAAGAGUUCGACUACAUCAGCCACCACCACGCCUGGAAACACCCGCAGGUCAACGUCUUCGUCACACUCAUCCUCUUCAUCAUCAUGAAGUUCUGGAUGUCAGCUGUGGCCACCACCAUGCCUGUUCCAUGUGGGGCCUUCAUGCCAGUUUUUCUUAUUGGGGCAGCGUUUGGCAGACUGGUUGGAGAGAUCAUGGCAACCAUGUUUCCUGAUGGCAUACAUGCUGACGGCAGUGUGUAUCCCAUAGUUCCUGGCGGUUAUGCUGUAGUUGGUGCUGCAGCGCUGUCUGGAGCAGUCACCCACACUGUAUCCACAGCGGUCAUAGUGUUUGAGCUGACCGGUCAGAUCUCCCACAUCCUGCCUGUGAUGAUCGCCGUCAUUCUGGCCAACGCCGUGGCCCAGUCGCUCCAACCCUCUCUGUACGACUCCAUCAUCCGCAUCAAGAAACUUCCUUAUCUGCCCGAGCUGGGCAUGGGACAUCACGAGAAAUAUAAUAUCCGUGUGGAGGACAUCAUGGUCAGGGACGUGCGCUUCAUCACUCUGCACUCCUGCUAUCGGGACCUGCAGGAGAUGAUGCUGACAGGUCAACUCAAAACCCUGGCCCUGGUUGAAAGCAGAGAAUCCAUGAUCCUGCUGGGCUCCAUAGAGCGACUACAGCUCCAGUCUCUGCUCUCGUUUCAGCUGGGACGCCAGCGGAGGCUGGAGUACCUCCACCAGCUGGCCCAGGACAACGGCACACAAGAUCACCUGCCCAGCCUGACAACCGACAGCACCCCCAGCUCACCCUGCACCCACACCCACGCCAACUCGUCGGGCAGCACUCGCCAAGGGGUCCGCUUCCUGAUCUCCACAGAGGAGUCUUCCUCCUUCAGCCCAGUGGCUUCCAAUAUUCAGCUUCCUCUGAAAUCUGCCUUGAAAACUGUGUCUGCCAUCAGUGACACAGAGACGCCAAAUAGUUCUCAGACGCUCUCCUGUGCGGACCAAGAGGUGGAGCUGCUGGAGAGCCCGGUUGUGCCAGCUCCUCCUGAGAAGAGGAAGCCCAAACGAGUGAGGAUCUCCAUGGCGGACUCAACUGAAGUAGAAGAUUGUAUGACUCAAACAGAGAUAGCAGAGUGGGAGGAGCAGCAGCUCGAUGAACCGGUGGAUUUCAAUAACUGCAAGAUUGAUCCUGCUCCCUUCCAGCUGGUGGAGCAAACAUCUCUGCACAAGACUCACACCAUCUUCUCUCUGCUGGGUCUGGAUCACGCCUAUGUGACCAGCAUGGGACGUCUGGUGGGAGUGGUCUCUCUCAGAGAGUUACGUAAGGCCAUCGAGGGCUCAGUGACAGUGACUGGAGUGAAAGUGCGCCCUCCGCUGGCCAGUUUCCGUGACAGCGGGAACAGCACAAACGUAUCGGAGGUAACUGAACUACACAAGCUGUGCCUCCGCCACAGGGGGCUCUCGUUGCCCCGGGAACCCAAACCCCCCGACGCUGUGGCCCAACCCGAUCUCCAGUACAACGAGAUCCCCGUCAACUGCUCAGACCAAACCAAUUUGCAGUUUGAAACCAGUCCCGGCGACGUUACAAACCAGUCGUCAGAGUUGGUGCUCCAGGAGAGUCCCUCAUUCACAGAGGACCAAUCAGAUUUCACGUUUGACUGCAGCCCCUCCCACACUGAGGAAUCAGAGAUUGCCUGUGACUAUGACCCGCUCACCCACAGUCCUGAGCCGGAGGAAACAGAGCAACAACUUGACCCGCCAUCUCUGGACCAAUCAGAACUUGAGGGAGAGAGUAGCCCCGCCCACACGGAGGAUCCGUCAAAAUGAUCUGAUCCGUCCUGUCGUCUCAUGAAUGUUGACGUUUCUUAUGUUUGUAUAGAUCACACUCACCGACAAGUCCAGCCUUGAUACCUGGGAUUCUAACGUUGUGGCGUGAGUGAGUGUUGUGUUUGUGCAGAUGCCUGUUUUAAAUGCUAAAUCUGGUUUUAGUCUAUAUUUCUUUACCGUCUGCAAAUCCUGAGAGAAGACCAAAAUCAAAACUUUUGUAGGCCUGCACUGAUUUUUUUUUUACAUGACUUGGAACACGUUUGAAAUUGAAACAAUCAGACGAUGUGGAGUCAGAGAGGAGUGAUCCUACCAGACCUCUCUUGCCUUUACCCUCUCAGACCAAACUAUAGACUGUAGAUAAAGAUGGACGAUGUGACUGCUCCCCAAAAGUGAAACCAAAUUAUCUUCCUCACCCUUGGUGGCUGGCCAUGUCCCAUCCACUACUAGAAUGGCCCUCAGCAGAGCGCAUACAUCCACUGAGGCCCGUCAAUCACCUUAAAGUAAAGUGAUAAACAAAAAACUUGCCCUAUUGUCUGGAUCCGCACCGAAAUUUAACCAGUUCUGUCUUGGCUUGUGUCCCAUCCCUCCACCAAGUUUCCUAGAAAUCUGCUCUGUGAAACCUCCUUGGCAUAGGCGAGAAUUAUAACCUAUAAAGCAGCCAGGCACCAGGGGGCGAUCAAGACACUUUGGCUUCACUUUUGAGGAGGAGCUGUCAUGUCCCUUGUUAUUCACAGUCUGUGAUAGAGGAUCAUGUGGAAGGUGCAAUGUUGUGUUUAUGAUUUGAAUGUGUUUUUAUUCAUUUUUGGACAACAGAACUCUAUGGUCCUGUGGAAUAAACUAUAUAAUAUGAGUAUUUAUAGAAGUAUAAUUUAUACGUUAUUUACUACAUAAACUAUAUUUGGUUACACAGAAAAAUACUAGUUUGGUCUUUUUGUUGGAGUGACGACAAUAAGAAAUAUGGAAUAUUCCCAGGUUUAUCUUUUUACUCUUUUUGUGUGUGUGUAUGUGUGUUUAAGUGUUUGUGUGAGAGAGAGGGAAAGAGAGAGAGACACCUUCCUUGCCAUGCUCAAAUCUGGUCCCGACUCAUCAUUGGAGUCUUAACAAACAAGGUCACAUGACAUAGGUCACAUGCAAGUGGCGGAGAGCGGUAAACGGGAGCAACUACCUAGAGGAGAAAGCACAGAAGAAAAAAGACGUAGAAAACGAUCUUAAUGAGCACAUGAUGGUAUGAAUAUAUAUACGUCUGCCUAUUCACAGCACUGGACUGAUACACCACAGGGUUAUUGGCUAAUAAUGUUAAUAUAUAUACACAGGAAUAAUAAUACUGUAAAAGCAACAGUUUCAUCGCUAGUUAGUUUGCAACAAUCUGCAGUUACAACGUCAGGGCAUCUAUAGCAGUUUGUUUUAAUAUCUAGUCGUUUUCAGACAUGAACUCCGGAGAACAUCAGCAAAACUGGGUCUGGACCUUCUCCACACAUGGGCUCAUUUGGACAUUUCUCGGAGUUCCUAACUUAAGGGCUGGCCGGGGAAACUCCCAAGAAAAUCUGUAGCCGCUCACUCUGACUCUGACAUUCUCUCUCAUACAGCCCCUCCGGAGAAUGUCAGGAGGUUUUCCUGAGUUCAGUGCAUGUCUGAAAGCUGCUUAAGAUAUCAGCCCCAAAAACCCACCAUUGGCCAGGAUCUGUUCACAAGACGACAAAGGCAGCUGCUUCCAAAGGUCCACCCAGCUUGGUUCAGGGCUCCGAUUAAAGCUAAAGCACAUUGUAAUUACCAUGAAUAUAAUUUACUGCACAUUAGGGGCUGGUUCGCUAAGGGCACAUGUAGACCGCCAGUCAACCGAACAGCCCACACAUGUAAUCGCUACAUGAAUUUAACGUGUUUCUAGCAUGAUAAAGGAACCACUGUUGAGCUCCUUGUGACGGGAAGCUACUGGCUGUACAGAGCGCACACACACUAACACACAAACACACACACACUUAUAUGCACACAUGUACUGUAUGCGGCCUGUAGAUAUUUACCACCUUGAUAUGUUACACAUAUCUUUAUGACAAAUUAAGUUCCUUCUGGCCUCUGAAGCAGUGAUGAGAAAUGUAACUGCUGUACGAAGCACAAGUCCAAAAACUGUUGUGCGUGUGUGUGAGUCGGUGCCACGACCUUCAAAUGGGUUUUGGCUUUACCCGAUGAUUUCGAGCCAUAUUUUAAAUCUUACGUGGCGACAUCCCGACUCGGGCUCAUAUUUUCUUUGUCUAUGUUUGUGCAACGAUUCUAUUAAUGUCUUAACUUUUUUUCGUUUGCAUAUGGAAUGUGAAGUAGUGCUCGUCAUAUAAGACAACGUAUAAGGAGUUCAAUGUAGAGAGUGUAUAAGCGCAUUUGCAGCGUAUCUAGUUAAGCAAUAAGUCUGUAGUAUCUCCCUUUAUAUGGCACUGGCCUGUAUAUGCUUUGUACAUAUGAAAAUACACGGAUGAGAGCUACAUACACGCUCUGUACAGAGGAGAAUUAUGCAUUUGAAAUUCCAACAGCCAUCGUUUCUUUUCAGAGAACAUGAAAUUGUUUUUUUGUACA